CCGACCAGCGUUCCUCCAUUCUCUCACAAAUCCUUCUCCCCGAAGCAGCCGACCGUCUCGGCCGUAUCCGCCUUGUCAAGGAAUCGCGCGCAACCGACAUCGAGAACAGACUUAUAAUGCUUGCGCGGACUGGCCAAUUACGACAGAAGGUUACAGAAGAUCAGCUCAAAGAGAUACUGGGGGCUGUAGCAGAGCAACAGGAGAAGGAAGAGCAGAAGAUUGUUGUCAACAGGAGGGGAGGGAACUGGGACGAUGAUGAUGAGCUCGAGGAACUCAUGAAGGAUGUAUAG